AUGGGGCAGGCUGGAGCAGCGCGGCUUGGGGGCGACAAGUCUGCCGUUCGCCCUGCCGCCGAACGUGCAAAGGCGAAGAAGCGAUCGCUGGUCGAUUCAGUAGGCGGGCAAGCAACUUCCGAUAGCAGCCUUCUCUUGACCUCAUUCGCUAAACGUGGUAAGAGCAGCUCGAUGGAGUCCGCGCACGUGCAUAACCAAUCACCUAUCAUUGGCGCCCAAGCUGAUCCUCCGACGGCGCUUGCGCCGGCAAAGAAGCAUCCGAGGCCUACAGGUCGACCAAAGACAUACUCUAG